AUGUUGGUACACCAGGCCCCUGGUCCCACCAACUGGGUGAAGGCGUCCCAGGGCAAUCUCAAUUCAGCUGCCGACCUGCUCGACUGGCUGACGCGGCGACGGCUGCUCAACUGCCGAACCCUCGCCACCUUCUUCCGCGGCUGCCUGCGCUGGGGGGCGCUGCCGGCGGCGCUCGCGCGGUACUACGAGUGGAGAGAGCUCGGCCUGACGCACGGCGGCGGCGCGGAGGAGUCUGGCUCUGGAGGCACGGCGGGCGGGGACUUCCACUUCGACUACGCGUCGCUCGAGUAUCUGGUGACGCUGUGCCUGCAGCUCUCCAGGACGAAGGAGGCCAUGAGGAUCUAUCGGGACUUCGAGCGGCAGGUGUUGCUGCCCGCCGGGCCGCCCGGCGGUGGGAGCACGGGGCUGCUGCGGCGCUCCCACGCGGGCGUCUACGCGCGCCUGCAGCUCGCGCUCGCCAGGACCCGGAUGCUGUCCGGGCAGCUCCCGGCUGCCCGACGCGCCUUAGCCAGAGUGGCGAAG